GCACCGACCAAUCACGAGUAGUUGUUCUUAGAAGGACCAAGUCACGAGACGAUUCGGGUUUGCAGUGAGCCCCGCGUUGUAAACAAUGUCGGAAUAAAUAAUUAGAGUUUUAUUAUCUUAUCUUAAUGAUAGUGAAGUGACAAGUAAUUGAUAAUAAUGAUAGCGAACGGACAGAUAGUGGGUGACGGCUCCUGGAACCUGCGGGUGCUAGUUACCGAUUUGCAAGCGGAGCGCCAACUCCGAGUGAAGAGCGACUUGCACAUCGGAGGAGUUAUGCUGAGACUCGUCGAGGACUUGGAAAUCUCAAUGGACUGGUCGGACCAUGCCCUGUGGUGGCCCAGCAAGAACAUUUGGUUGACGCGAACCCGCUCAACCCUCGACCAAUACGGCGUCCAAGCCGAUGCCCUUUUGCACUUCACCCCCAUGCACAAAAACUUGCGCGUCCAACUGCCCGACUUGCGCUACUUGGACAUGAAAGUGGAUUUUUCCGUAAAAACAUUUUCGGCCGUUAUUCACUUGUGUAAAGACCUGGGUAUUAGGCAUCCGGAAGAGUUGUCGUUGUGCAAACCGCUCGAACCUUGCCAUUUGAAAUACAAUUACAACUCGAUGCCAAAGAAGAAAGUUGAAAACGGGGUUGCGAAAAACGGGCAUCCCAACCUUCCGCCAGACACCAACACCUUCAUCGCCAACAGCAGUCCCGAUGGGAGCACCGGGAGCUUGGACAAGAGUGGGUUUAUGUGCGCUCCUGUCACACCCUCGAGGCCUCCGCCCUCCUCCACACCGGUCAGCAGUCCUGUGGGAAAUACAGGAUCGUGGGGUCGUCAGGUGUACAAUUCGGAGACUAACGGUUAUUCCCCCAAUUUGACGACAAGUAUCAGUUCGGAGCAAUUGAAUGGCAGUUACGACAGUUUUCUUGCCCAAACUCCACCUCCGCCGAGUCCUGAGGCUCGGAAACAUAUGAUUAGGCCGAAAUCGCUUGUAGAAAAAGCGAGAAUGAAUGUGGCUUGGUUAGAUUCGUCUUUGUCAAUUAUGGAACAAGGAGUCAGAGAAUACGAUACGUUAUGUUUGAGGUUUAAAUUUUACGUGUUUUAUGACCUAAACCCCAAAUACGAUGCGAUUCGAAUCAAUCAGAUUUAUGAACAAGCGAGGUGGCAAUUGUUAAAUGAAGAGAUUGAUUGUACGGAAGAAGAAAUGUUAAUGUUUGCCGCCUUACAGUUGCAAGUUAAUUUACAAGCUAAACAACCCCAACCUCAUUUGGAUAAUGGCAAUGUGUCUUCCCCUGUUGAAGACGACAUCGACGCGGCCUUAACCGACCUUCAAACAACUCUCGAGGGAUCAACAAUAAAUUCCUACGCCAACGACAUCACACAAGUGCCUGAAUUAUGCGACGAAUUACGGUUUUUAAAACCGAAAAGGUUCACAUUAAAAGCGUACAAAAGAUACUGGUUCACAUGCCGCGACCUACAUCUCUACCUGUACAAAUCCAAAGAGGAAAUGAUCCAUCGACAAAACUCGAUCUACGAUAUCAAUUUGCGCGGCUGCGAGGUCACUCCAGACGUCAACAUUAGUCAAAAUAAAUAUGUAAUCAAGUUGGAAGUACCGAGCGCCGAAGGCAUGUCUGAAAUGUACAUACGAUGUGAUGAAGAAAGUCAGUACGCAAAAUGGAUGGCCUGCUGUCGAUUGGCUUCAAAAGGCCGAUCGCUGGCCGACAGCAGUUACGAAACGGAGAAACAAACAAUUUUGGAAUUUUUGCAAAUGCAAAGGCCAGCGGAUGAGCCUGCCAUUAAUCCUAGCAGUCUCGAUCUUCAAGCAGAGGAUUACAUCGCACCGCGAUUUUUGAAGAAAUUUCGAGGGAAAAAUCAAAGAAUUUUGGAAGCACACGCCAAUGUUAAAGACCUUCCGUUGAUUGAGGCCAAAAUGAACUACAUCAAGGCGUGGCAGUCGCUCCCUGACUAUGGUCUAACUCUGUUUGUUAUCAAAUUUAUGGGAAGCAAAAAAGAGGAGUUGCUAGGGGUGGCCCCAACGCGAAUCAUGAAAAUGGACAUAACGACAGGUGAUCACUUGAAGACAUGGAGGUACAACACCAUGAUCGCCUGGAAUGUUAACUGGGAAGUGAAACACAUGAUGAUACAGUUCGAAGAUUGUAACAUCAUGUUCAGUUGCUCCUCAGCUGAUUGUAAAGUCGUUCACGAAUUUAUCGGCGGUUAUAUUUUCUUGUCAACGCGGUCGAAGGAUGCGAGUCAGACGCUAAACGAAGAACUCUUCCACAAACUGACAGGUGGCUGGUCCUAAGAGUAGUGCCUUAAUUAUUAUUAACGUGUCAAUUAAAAAACAAGGAAUUUUGUUGUAGCAACUUCUAAUCCGGUUAUUUGUUAGCGUUGAUUCAGUAUUUGGCGACAUUGAAGUGUCUAUGGUCAAGUUGUAGCCCGUUGAACCUCUCCAAUUAUUGUUAUUCAAAUUUUAUAAAUAUUUUUCAAAUAAUGUGGCAAUAUCUAAUAGCAGGUUGCGCGAAAGCAGUUUUUCUUGUAACUUUACUAAUUUACUAGUCUAAUGUCACAUUUUAGUGACCGCCUAAAAACUUUUGGUAAUUCUUUCACCUCUCUAUCAACCCGACUAGCAAAAGUGCUUAUAUUUUAAAACAUAAUCGUGCGCUCUUUUGCACUAAAUUAAAACGAAACAACAGAGGUAAGUAAAAUAUUUGAAAUGAAGAGAAAUGUGAUAACAAUUUAACGGAAAUAACUAAAUAUGGUAAAGGGGGUUUUAGGAAACAAAAUAUUCACUAAAUAAAAUGAUUCCUUAGAUAAACCCCGAUAUUCAAAAAUCGAUGUGUCCGUGGUAAUUACUUUACCAUCAAUAAAGUGGACAGAUGCUUUUCAACUCAUCUGUAACUAUUUAUUAUGUAAAGGUCCAACCAAACGAGGGGCCUAUUUCACCAACGAAAUUUUCAAUUUUUUACAUGGUAACAUACAAUUUGGUGAUAAAGAAAUUUUUCCAAGAUGUCAAUGUCGCUUUUCACCUUUCAAACGUUUUGUAAAGUGUAAACAGACUAAGAAGAAAGAUUUAUAAAUAAGAACAAAUUUUGGUUAAACAUUUCAAGUUAAUUCUAACAAUUAAGAAAAUUGUUAAAUUAUAAUCACUAAAAAGAUCUGAAACAGUUACUACACAUUGUAAAAUUAAUUAUUUGAAAUUUUACGCAUGUUUUAUUUUGUCAGUCAACUUCUUUCUGUGAAAAAGAAGACUGACGAAUUCUGAGAAAAAGGCUCAAUUUACUUCAUAUAGACAAAAGAACAUUGUGAAAAACUGAAAAGUAAAUAAAAUUGUAUUUCUUUAAUAAUUAUACUUUUGAAACAGAAACACUCUUUACUUUGCAGAAUCUGCAAAGUGGAAAAGCAUAGCGUAGAAGUUUGUUGGUAAAAUGGACCUCUGAUUUUAUUAUAGUUCUCAGUUUUUGUGUUUUUAAUUUGUAAUCAGGAAACAGAUAAAAAACGAUCAAUAAAAGUUUAAAUAAAACGCUACAUUCAACACUACUAAAACAGGUGUUUCUUUAAAAAUACAUAAGUUUGCAUUUUUGUAUAUAUUUUUUUAAUACGCAUGCUUGGACAUUCUGUAUAGAGGCACCAAUUUACCUACCUCAGGUGAAAUUGUCUAGAUUUGGUUUGGAAUUUUAAGGCAUUAUUAUGCAUUUUUAAAUAGGCUAAAGAUUUUAUUAAACAGUACUGUACAAUCACCGUAAAAAAGAAUGACACCCCUACCAACCGGGAUAACAAAAGUCCGACUAAAAUUUUUUAAGUCGUAAAUUUCAGCAAAUAGGUUAGUUUACAAACUGUUUACACAAUAUCCAGCUGAUUCAGAAACUAGCCAAACGUACACAUAAACCAGAAGAUUUAUGGCUGCGGUUUUAGAGGUGUCAUUCUUUUUUAUCGCAACUGUCCUGACAAAUAUUACGAUUUAAAACAUAUUUAUUGUUUAAAUAUUGAAGGAAAAAGAACAAGAAAAACAUUUAUUUUUGCGCGUGUAGUAAAAAUUUGUGUUCAUUAAAUAUGCAGACAUACGGAUAAAUUUUAACCGGUUAAACCGAGAUAAACCCCAUAUUUUUUAUUACCUGUACCUAGUCUACGUAUUUUUUAACCCAAAAACGUUUUGAAAUGUUUAAUUAUUUGACAGUUGUACAAAGCCACACUUUGCUAAUUGGGAGGUAACCAAGGAAGGGGUAAAAACUGCUUUUAAGCCAGCCUGAAUAAAUAAUAUUGUAUUUAUAGAUAAAGUGUUUACUAAUUUUAUUUAACUUUAAAAUAAAAUUACACGUAAAACAAA